UUUUUGUUUUCAUGGGACGACAGUAAGGGUGGGACAAGCAGGGAGAAGGAGGAAACAGAAGAGAGAGAAGCGUCAGGAAGAUUUAACGAAGAAAGAAGACACGAUUCAAGGGCUGACGUCUAAGAACCAGGACAAGAACUAUCUACAUUUUCUAUUUUGAGCUGAAGACUAAGACAGACCCAAGAUGGCGUCCCUGUCGCUGAAGAUCUCGGUGAAGCACGCCAACGUGGUGAAGACUAUGCAAUUUGAGCCCUCCACCAUCGUGUAUGACGCCUGCCGCAUGAUUCGCGAGAGGAUACCCGAGGCACAGAUGGGAAAUGCGACGGAGUUUGGUAUGUUCCUGGCAGAUGAGGACCCUAAGAAGGGGGUUUGGUUGGAGGCAGGGCGGACACUGGACUACUACCUGCUCAGGAGUGGGGAUCUGUUGGAAUACAAGAAGAAGCACCGACCCCUGAAGGUCAGAAUGUUGGACGGAACAGUCAAGACAGUCAUGGUUGAUGACAGCCACACAGUUGCCCAGUUGUUGGUGACCAUCUGCACACGUAUCGGCAUCACAAACCACGAUGAGUACUCCCUUGUUCGGGAGGGGGAGAAAAUUCGGGAGGCGGCAGAACCCCCCACCCCCGUGAAGAAGGUAGGCGGAAUCAGCGACCGAACCCUGAUGAGAGAUGAGAAGAAGAUGGAAGCACUGAAGAAAAAACUCCACACAGACGACGAGCUAAACUGGUUGGACCACGGCCGAACUCUAAGAGAACAGGGAAUCGACGACACAGAAACCCUUCUGUUAAGGAGGAAGUUUUUCUACUCAGACCAGAACGUGGACUCCAGGGACCCUGUACAGCUCAACCUGCUUUAUGUACAGGCUCGAGACGGUAUCCUGAACGGGACCCACCCGGUAACGGUUGACGAGGCCAUGAUGUUUGCAGCCUACCAGACUCAGAUCCAGUUUGGGGAUCACAUCGAGACUAAACACAAGUCUGGAUUCCUCGACCUUAAGGAGUUCUUGCCCAAGGAGUAUGUUAAGAACAAGGGAAUAGAAAAGAAGAUUUGGCUGGAACACAGGAAGCUGGCAGGACUGACUGAGCUGGAUGCCAAGGUCAGGUACACCCAGCAGUGCCGCAGUCUCAAGACUUACGGAGUCACCUUCUUCCUCGUCAAGGAAAAGAUGAAGGGUAAGAACAAGCUUGUACCACGACUGUUAGGCAUCACAAAAGACUCAGUGAUGAGGGUUGAUGAGAAAACAAAAGAGAUCCUGAAGGUCUGGCCCCUCACCACAGUCAGGAGGUGGGCAGCAUCACCCAAGAGCUUUACACUGGACUUUGGAGACUAUUCAGAGUCGUACUACUCUGUCCAGACAACGGAGGGAGAAACCAUCUCACAGCUCAUCGCGGGGUACAUCGACAUCAUCCUCAGGAAGAAAAAAGGGAAGGACCGGUUCGGACUGGAUGGAGAGGAGGAGUCCACCAUGCUGGAGGACAGCGUCUCACCUGCAAGGGCGACCAUCAUGCAGCACCAGGAGAACAAGGUCGGACACGUGAACGAAGGCUCCGUCGCCAUUCCCGCCGUCAUGCGCGCACACGAUGGAGCAGAGUCCUACUCAACCGGUACGAUGCCACGCGCGGAGUACGCCACCAUCCGAGGGCAGAUACACUCCGCUCACAUGCCUCCUAUUAACACUCAAGCCCAACAAGCUUUGAUGGGAAAUAUCAGCUCCGGAUUCAACAGCAUCAGUGCGGCGCAAGCUGAGCUGGGUUCCAGGGCCGAGCUGCCACCUCUGGGGUCUGAUCCAGCCUCCCUGAAGUGGAAACAGAACACCUUGGACGUCUCCAAACAGAACGUGACGUCGCAGCUCGCCGCCAUGUCAGCCGCAACUGCCUCCGUCGUUACUCUCACAUCAGGUGAGCCAGAGCAGACGGACUACACAGCAGUUGGAUCCGCCGUCACGACGAUUUCGUCCAAUCUCACGGAGAUGUCAAAGGGCAUCAAGAUGGUGGCCGCGUUACUGGAAGAUUAUGGGCAGGGCGAGCGGCUGUUGGAUGCGGCACGAAACCUCGCUGGAGCAUUUUCGGACCUGUUGAGCGCCGCCAAACCUGGAUCUACUGAGCCCCGUCAAAACCUGCUGACGGCCGCCGGAAACAUUGGAGAACAUGGCCGAGAGGUUCUACACGAGAUGGGGGAGGUGGACACGGACCCUCGCUUCCAGGAUGCCCUGAUGGCCCUAGCGAAGGCUGUAGCGAACGCGACCGCUACACUCGUGCUGAAGGCUAAGAAUGUAGCGAGUAAGGCGGAGGACCCGGCCAUGCAGAACAAGGUCAUCGCCUCGGCAACACAGACGGCACUGUCCACGUCUCAGCUGGUCGCCUGUACUAAGGUGGUAGCCCCCACGAUCAGCCACCCUGCGUGCCAGGAGCAGCUGAUCGACGCGGCCAAGCUCGUGGCCAAGUCCGUCGAGAAAACCGUCGACUCAGCACAAAUGGCAACCCAGGAGGAGUUCCUUCUGAAAGACCUUGGAGCUGCGGCGACCCAGGUCACCCAGGCACUGAACGAGCUUCUCCAGCACAUCAAACUGGCUUCAAAGGCAAAGGGAGGAGAGCAGUAUGAGGACCACUGUGACACCAUCAUCUCUGCCUCAGACAGACUCUUCGCUUCCAUGGGCAACGCCUCAGACAUGAUUAAACAGGCCAAGAUACUUGCAGAGGCGACGUCACAUUUAGUGAACUCUAUAAAAAGCAGUGCCGACACGACAGACGACACAGACUCACAGAAGAGGCUGCUGGGAGCCGCUAAAGUCCUGGCCGACGCCACAGCAAGGAUGGUCGAGGCUGCUAAGGGCUGUGCGGUGAACCCGCAUGACUCGGAUGAGCAGGAGAACCUGAGGAAGGCAGCCGAGGACCUGAGAGCAGCGACUAACGCUGCUGCUGGGAAUGCCAUCAAGAAAAAACUUGUCAGCAAACUGGAGAAUGCAGCCAAACAUGCAGCAGCCGUGGCGACGCAGACCAUCGCAGCAUCACAGGCUGCAGCCAGCUCCAACAAGAACCCCGCUUCACAACAACAACUCGUCACUUCAUGCAAGCAUGUUGCAGACCACAUCCCCAGGCUUGUACAGGGUGUACGGGGAAGCAGAGCCCAGCCAGACAGUCCCUCUGCACAACUACUACUCAUCAAUGCCUCCCAGGAGUUUAUUUCACCUGCCAAUAACAUGAACUCAGCGGCCAAGGCUGCAGUACCGACCGUUUCUGACCAGGCGGCCUCGAUGCAACUGUCCAACUGCUCCAAGCAGCUGGCUCAGGCACUGGCCGAGCUGAGGUCCGCUGCACAGAAGGCCCAGGAUGCGUGUGGCCCGUUGGAGAUAGACUCCGCGCUGGACACGAUCCGUCAGCUGGACUCUGACCUGGUGGAGAUAAAGAAGAGCGCCGCGCAGGGACAACUGGUCCCUCUACCGGACGAGUCGGGCGAGCAGUGUGCGCAGGAGCUCGGUCACACGUCCAAGACUGUCGGCGCUUCCAUGGCUCAGCUACUAACCGCAGCCGCACAGGGCAACGAGAACUACACGGGCCUGGCAGCGAGAGACACAGCCAACGCUCUCCGCACACUGACCGGUGCUGUACGGGGGGUGGCAGCAGCUACCUCCGACAGACAGGCGCAGGACCACCUGAUUGACACUGCCCGCGAUGUAAUGGACAAGUCCGUGAACCUGAUAGAGGAAGCAAAGAAGGCCGUGAACGAUCCAAACAACCCCGACAACCAGCAACGUCUGGCGCAGGUUGCUAAAGCUGUAUCCCACGCGCUGAACAACUGUGUGAACUGCCUACCAGGCCAGCGUGACGUGGACUUUGCAAUCCGGAACAUCGGGGAGGCCAGUAAGGCACUGCUGUCAGGACAGCUCCAGAAGGGCGAUGUCAGUUUCCAGGAGGUUCAGACGAUGCUCAGUACGGCUGCGCAGGAGCUCAACAUGGCGUCCAGCGAACUGGUCGUGGCCUCAAAGGGAACUCACGAGCAACUGGCCCAGGCCUCCGGCAAGUUCAGUAAGGACUUCAGCUUGCUACUGGAGGCUGGGAUGCAGAUGGCAGCACAGACUUCGGAUGAGGAGCAGCAGUCUUUGAUGGUGAGUAACCUGAAGAGUAUCUCCAUGUCAUCCUCCAAACUCCUGCUGGCUGCCAAGUCUCUCUCAGCUGAUCCCAACGCUCCCAACGCCAAGAACCAACUCGCUUCAGCUGCAAGGUCGGUGACUGACAGCAUUAACCAGCUGAUCAACAUCUGUAUGCAGACAGCUCCGGGGCAGAAGGAGUGUGACAACGCCUUAAGGAACAUUGAGGUAAUGCGCAGUAUGCUGGACAACCCCAUGGAGCCGGUGAACGACCUCACUUACUUCGACUGUCUGGAGACAGUCAUGGACAAGUCUAAGACACUGGGCGAGUCGAUGAGCUCCAUCACCCAGCAUGCUAAGAACAGUGAACAUGAGGAGUUUGGUUCUGCCGUGACCAGAGCUUCUACUGCAGUCUGUGGGCUCACAGAGGCAGCUGCUCAGACUGCCUACCUUGUGGGCAUUGCGGACCCUUCAAGCCAGGCCGGGCGCCAAGGACUGGUGGAUCAAUCGCAGUUUGCCCGGGCAAACCAGGCGAUCCAGAUGGCGUGUCAGCAGCUUCUGGACCCGACGACGUCUCAGGCUCAGGUUCUGUCUGCUGCCACGGUGAUCGCCAAGCACACCUCCUCGCUCUGCAACAUGUGCCGCGUCGCCUCCACCAAGACGUCCAACCCGGUUGCCAAGCGACACUUCGUCCAAUCAGCGAAGGAGGUCGCCAACAGCACAGCCAACCUGGUCAAGAGUAUAAAGGCUCUAGACGGGAACUUUACCGAGCAGAACCGUCAGCAGGUUGCCGAAGCGAGCAGGCCGCUGAUGGAGGCAGUGGAGAACCUGACAACCUUCGCUUCUAAUCCUGAGUUUGCCAGCGUGCCUGCACAGAUCAGCAUAGAGGCACGGAAGGCCCAGGAGCCAAUCGUGAUUGCCGGUAGAACCAUCAUUGACAGCACUAGCUCCCUGAUUACCACAGCCAAGCUUCUGGCAGUGAACCCGAAGGACCCUCCAACAUGGCAACUUCUGGCCGGACACUCCAAAACUGUGUCUGACUCCAUCAAGAGGCUCAUUGCCUCUAUCAGGGACAAGGCCCCCGGCCAGCGCGAGUGUGACCGUGGUAUAGAGGUGAUUAACCAGUGUAUCCGUGAUGUCGACCAGGCCUCGCUGUCUGCUGUCACCCAGAAACUGGAGGCAAGGAACGAAGGGACAACACAGACGUUCCAGGAGCAGAUGAACAACGCGGCCCACGAGAUUGGGAAGAACAUCGAUGGAGUCGCCUCCGCUGCGAAGGAGAAGGCUGAGAAACUUGGACACCAGGUGACCCAGCUGUCGUCUUAUUUCGACCCCCUUGCGUCAGCGGCGAUCAACCUCGCCUCUAAGACGAUGAACUCCCAGAAACAAGCGAACCUCCUGGAGCAGACCAAGACAGUCGCUGAGUCAGCACUACAGCUGGUCUACACGUCUAAGGAGGGAGGAGGGAACCCCAAGGCGACCCACGCCCAUGCUGCGAUAGAUGAAGCAGCGGAGGGGAUGAAGGAAGCUGUAGACGACCUUCUGAAGACGCUAGACGAGUCGGCGAGCGAGACGGGAGCCGUGUUCGGCAUGGUGGACGGCAUCACCAAGGCCAUGACGGACAUGGUAGACGGCAGACUGGAGGACAAACCAGACGGAACGUUCGUCGACUAUCAGACCAAGAUGGUGAAAAUCGCCAAACAGAUCGCAAGGACUUCACACGACAUGGUUGGUAAAGCAUCGUCCUCCCCAGAAGAGCUGGGUCCGCAGGCCAACUCCCUGUCACAUGACUUCUCGGAGCUGGCUGUGCAGAGCAAGGGUGCCAUGGCAACCAUCAACAGCCCAGAGCUUUCGGACAGAAUCCGUAACUCGGUACAGGACCUGGGGAACUCCUGUGUGGAUGUAGUGAACAACGCCGGAGCCAUCCAGAGUAACCCGUCUGACACCUACGCUAAAAAGGACCUCAUCGAAAACUCCAGAGCUGUGUCUGAAAAGGUAUCAUUUGUGCUGGCGUCCCUACAAGCCGGCUCCAGAGGCACCCAGGCUUGCAUCAACGCAGCGAGCACGGUUAGCGGCAUCAUCGGUGAUCUGGACACCACCAUCAUGUUUGCUUCAGCGGGGACGCUCAGUCCUGAAAUGGAGGAUGAAGCAUUCGCCGAUCACAGAGAGAACAUCUUGAAGACAGCGAAGGCUCUUGUUGAGGACACGAAGACGCUCGUGUCAGGUGCAGCAUCGAGUCAGGAGCACCUGGCAGCAGCUGCCCAGUCUGCGGUAGACACCAUCACAAAACUAGCCGACGCAGUCAAGUCUGGUGCAGCCAGUCUGGGGCCACAGGAUGCAGAGGCACAGGUGUUGCUGAUAAACGCAGUAAAAGACGUCGCCGUAGCGCUGGGAGAACUCAUCGAGGCGACCAAGAAUGCCUCAGGCAAACCAGUCCAGGACCCGUCCAUGGUACAGCUCAAAAACUCAGCCAAGGUGAUGGUGACCAACGUGACCUCCCUGCUGAAGACAGUGAAGACAGUUGAAGACGAGGCAGCGAGGGGGACCAGGGCACUGGAGGCUACCAUCGAGGCCAUCAAGCAGGAGAUGAGGGUACUGCAGCGGUUCUCGUCUCCCCCUGAGGACCUGAUCCGCAGCACCAAGCCCGUCACCCUCCUCACCGCCAAGGCCGUUGCCGCGGGAACCAGCUGUCGUCAGGACGACAUCAUCGCAGUCGCCAACAUGUCCAGGAAGUCUGUGGGAGAUCUCAUCGUCACGUGCAAGGCCUCAGCAUUUGGAGCAGAGUCACGUGAGACAACAGAGAGAGCAAUGGAAGUGGGCAGGAACACGGUCGCCAUGUAUGUGGAGCUACUGGUACAUGUACUGUCGAUCCUACAGAAGCCGACCCACGAGGGGAAACAGAAGCUGGCACAUUUCUCCAAACGUGUGGCGACGGCAGUGGCAGAACUGGUGCAGACGGCUGAGGCCAUCAAAG